CUCUCUGAGAGAGAGUCUAAAUUGGUCAUCUCCACAAUCAAUGGCUGCCGCCGCCAGAAUCUCCGCCUCCUCUACCUCACGAACUUUUUAUUUCCGUCAUUCACCGUUUCUUGGCCCAAAACCUACUUCGACAACCUCACAUGUUUCUCCAAUCUCUCCUUUUUCUCUUAAUCUAGGCCCAAUUUUGAGGUCUAGAAGAAAACCCAGUUUCACUGUUUGCUUUGUUCUCGAGGAUGAGAAGCUGAAACCUCAAUUUGACGAUGAGGCUGAGGAUUUUGAAAAGAAGAUUGAGGAACAGAUCUUAGCUACUCGCUUGGCGGAGAAACUGGCUAGGAAGAAAUCGGAGAGGUUUACUUAUCUUGUGGCUGCUAUAAUGUCUAGUUUUGGGAUUACUUCUAUGGCUGUUAUGGCUGUUUAUUACAGAUUUUCGUGGCAAAUGGAGGGAGGAGAAGUUCCUGUAACCGAAAUGUUGGGUACAUUUGCUCUCUCUGUUGGUGCUGCUGUAGGAAUGGAGUUUUGGGCGAGAUGGGCACACAAAGCACUGUGGCAUGCUUCACUAUGGCACAUGCAUGAGUCACACCACAAACCAAGAGAAGGACCUUUUGAGCUGAACGACGUUUUCGCCAUAACAAACGCUGUUCCAGCAAUAGCCCUCCUCAACUAUGGUUUCUUCCAUAAAGGCCUCAUUGCCGGACUAUGCUUCGGUGCUGGGCUAGGGAUCACAGUAUUUGGAAUGGCAUACAUGUUUGUUCACGAUGGUUUGGUUCACAAGAGAUUCCCAGUUGGACCUGUAGCCAAUGUACCUUAUCUUAGGAAGGUGGCUGCUGCUCAUUCGCUUCAUCACUCAGAGAAGUUCAAUGGUGUCCCAUAUGGCUUGUUCUUCGGACCUAAGGAACUGGAAGAAGUAGGAGGGACGGAAGAGUUGGAAAAGGAAGUGAUACGAAGGACGAGACUUUCGAAAGGAUCAUGAACGAUUGUUCAUAAACAUAGAAUGUCAUUUUACACUUCUUAUCAAUGAGGAAGGGUGAUUUUUGAUGUAUUUGAUAGUAGAGAAAAAUGUAGCUCUCUUGAUGAAAUGAAUUUGUAUUUAUGUAGGCUCUUCUUAUUCAGUAAGAUUUUUUCUUUUUUUUGAU